CAAAACAACGAAAACGCAACCAAAUGGUCCGGCAACAACUUUUUAAAAGGCACUCCCCCUAGGCUUCACUGGGCCCUGGGUGUCAACAAACCAGACGACGCCAGCCGAGACGCGAGACAAGAGAGAGGCUGGCACCAUGGCUUGGCGUUUUAAAGUGAGUAAGUACAAGAAUGCGGCUCCAAUUCUGCCAAAGAAGGAAGAUUGGGUUAAUGACAUCAAGGUUGGGGCACCUCAGUCGUGUGGAAAUCAUGUCAAAGCAUCGGCGGCAUUUAUUGCUUUCAAUGUCGAAAACAGAGGUGGAGGAAGCCUUGGGGUAGUUCCGCUAGAUUACAAAGGCAGAAUUGACUCGACAACUCCCCUAGUCCACGGACACUCUGACCUCAUCACAGAUUUUGAUUUCUCGCCCUUCGAUGAUGGGAUGCUGGCAACAUGUUCAACUGAUGCUAAUGUUAAAAUUUGGCACAUCCCAGAAGGAGGACUCACAGAGAGUCUGGCCAAUGCAGAAUACGCCUUACCGCAGUUUGACAAGCGUGUGGAAAAUGUCCUGUUUCACCCAACCACCGAGUUCAUACUAACAGUGGCUUAUUUUGACACUGUUAAGCUCUGGGACAUCAAGCACGAGAAAGAGUUGUUCUGCUUCAGUGGCCAUGAGGAUCAGGUACAGAGCACAAGCUGGAAUGGUAUUGGGUCUAUGUUUGUCACUUCCUCCAAGGACCGCACCAUUAGGAUCAUAGACCCUAGGGCUGACAAGGUGGCCUACGAGGCUGAGAGUCACAAGAGCCCCAAAGACUCCCGAGUUGUCUGGCUUGGAAACACUGACCGCAUCCUCUCCACGGGCUACGAUGGAUCACGUGUCAGAGAAGUCAGAUUAAGGGACUUGAGAAAUUUCUCAAAGCCCUAUAAGGUCCAAGCGUUUGAUUCUUCAACUGGGAUAUUUAUGCCUUUGUAUGAUGCUGAUACAAACAUGCUCUUCCUUGCUGGGAAGGCAGAUGUGAGCAUUAUGUAUUGGGAGGUUGCAGAAAAGGAUCCCUUCCUCACUGAAGGUCUCAAGCAUAAUGGCUCAGUGCAGACAAAGGGAGCAUGUCUAGUGCCAAAGAGAGGACUAGAUGUCAUGACAGGAGAAGUUAAUCGUCUGCUUCAGCUCACCUCAAAUGCCAUUAUUCCUAUAACCUAUCAGGUUCCAAGAAAGACGUAUCGAGAAUUCCACGCCGACAUCUUUCCUGAAACCCCAGGUUAUGUACCAUCUACCUCCAUCACACAGUGGCUUGAGGGUACCAGUGUUCAAAGAAAGACCAUUUCCUUGGACCCAGGCAAGAGACCUUCACCAAAGUACCAGAUCCAUCGCGGGCCACUUAGCAAGCGUGAGGACCCCAAACCAGAGCCAGAUACCCCUGUGCCUGCCCCCCGCUCACGAAUCUCCAAUGGCACUGAGAAUAAGCCUGUGAGUGAAAUACGUCCUACGCUGUCCAAACCAACAGUGGCAGUCAAACCGAGCUUCAUGCCCGCUAAGCCAAGCCCAACACCCAAGCCUGCUGUGCGUUCGAGCUUCCCCCUGCAGGAAAAUAAAAACCUUACUAAUGAAGAUGACCCUUCUGCUGAUAUGCCCGUAAAGAACAAUUUGGCUCUUCUUCGUAAAAACUUUGAGACAAACGAAGAGGAGACAGAUGGAAAUAUAAGUGGAAAGUGUAUAGAGACAGAGGAAGAGAUAAAACCACGCACAGUUAGCAUCUCUGAGCUUCGGAAAAAUUAUGAGACGAAGGAGGAGCCACAGGAGAUUCAGGAGGAGCCAGAAGAAGAGAAUCCCUCCAAGUUGGCCUCGAUCCGCAAGGCCUUUGAGACACGCUCCAUAUCUGUGGAUGAGAAGAUAGUCGAAAGGAGAAGAGAGGAAGUGCGGCAGGAACAGACCAUUCAGGAAGAAGAGAAGGAAAAUGUUGGGGAACCUGUUACGCUACGUGAAGGUAGCCGUGUUAGUGCAGCAGAGCGCAGACGAACCUUCGAACAGAGAAUGACAAGUGUGGAGGAGAAGCCUGCAUCGCCGACCCCAAGGAGACCAACAGUUACACGAUCUUUCAGACGUGUGUGCAAGUUCCGGCACUUGAAGGGUACUCCAGGCCACAAGAGCACCUGCAUAGAAAACAUCAGAGAUCUGAACCGAACAACCCCCGGAGAGUGCGAUGGCAUGGCUGCAAAUAGUGAGUUUGUGGUGUUACCCCUAAGUGGUCCAGGGGGGAAGUUGUCUGUCAUGAAACACAAGAAGGGUGGACGACAGCCUGAUGGUGUCAUUCCAUCACUCAUGAACACUGCCAAUGUCAUGGACUUUGCCUUUGAUCCAUUUAAUGAUCAUACCCUGGCCGUUGCAUGUGAUGACGGCAAAAUUAAUCUCUGGCACAUUCCUGAGGGUGGGUUGACACAGCCUACUAAUGAACCCACUGAGACCUUCAUGGAUGUUGGAUCAGCUGAUAAGAUCACCAUCCUCAAGUGGCAUCCCUUAGCAGCAGGUGUUUUAGCAGUCGCCACAGGGGACCUCACUGUGAAGAUCUGGGACCUACAUAGUAGAACUGUGUCACUUACUCUUGCACCUCAUCCUGACCAGAUAUUUUCCAUGGCCUGGAGUCCAUGUGGUAGAUAUCUGGCCACAAUGUGCCGUGAUAGCCAUAUCCGUGUGUACGACCCACGCAAGUCCACCGAGCCCAUUCGUGAGGGUAAUGGGCCAGUGGGAGUGCGGGGAGCAAGAGUCCUCUGGGCACUCGAUGGCAAAUUCAUAGUCACUGUUGGAUUUAGCAAGCUAUCAGAAAGGCAGAUCAGUGUGUACAAGGCAAGUGAGUUGUCCAAGCCAGCCAACACAGUCACCACUGACAUCAGCCCGGCAAUGCUGAUUCCCUUCUAUGAUUCUGAUUCAUCAACGCUCUUUGCUACAGGAAAAGGUGAUAGCACCAUCUUUGCCUACGAGAUAGGGAGCGAUUACCCACACCUGUUUCCAUUGUCCAACCACAAGUGUGGAAGUGUGCAUCAGGGAUUGGUCUUGUUGCCAAAGCAGAUGUGCGAUGUGCGGCAAGUGGAAUUCUGCAAGGCAUUGAGAUUAACCUCUUCUAUUCUUGAGCCCCUCUCCUUCACCGUGCCCAGAGUAAAGACGGAGCUGUUCCAGGACGACCUCUUCCCACCAACCUUCGUCAGUUGGGAGCCUGUGAUGACAGCUGCCGAGUGGCUCGGAGGGACAAACCGCCCGCCACAGACACAAUCCCUGCAGCCAGAAGAUAUGAUUAGCUUGUCUGAGAGCCGUGAGCAGCAGUCCCCGGUGGCACCCCCAACUUACGGCGGAUCCCAGACUCACAUCCGGCACGAGACCCCACCUUUCCUUAAGGGCAUGGUACCUAAUGAAGUCCGACAGACUCAGCACAAGAACCUUAAUGUGCCUGAGGAAGUCCAGGAGACACAGACACGGCUGGAAGAGUCAAUGAGCCAGCAGAUGAAUCAGGUGACGAAGACUCUGGAGCAGGACAGGAUGGAAGGCGUUGAUUCCACCGAAUGGGAGGACUAGAGCUCGCCACAAGCAUUGUCUCGGAGCCCCGCCACUCUAGUCGGCUCAGUAGGCCAAGUGAAUGGACCAGCUUUCAACAUAUCGUGGCCUCGGAACGCUACUAUGCUAUUUGUUUGAUUGUCAUUAUUACCUCUUUUUUUUUAUUCCAUGCUUGGCAGUACUAAAGAGCAGAUAUUCAAAAGGACAGUUGUGGGGUGUACAAUUUAGUUUUAAGAAAAAGCUGUUGUGUUUUCCAAGCAUGUGGAAAUCUUAUUUUGAUAAUAUAUAAGUAAAAAAAAAUACAUACAAUAAAGUUAGUUAAGAUUAUAUAAAUGAAAACAUGUAUUGGCUUUAAAGAACAUUCUUUAAAGAAUUGGGGAAAAGAAUUGUGUAUGAUUGAUUGUGGAGGCUGUUCUUUUGAAUCUUGUUUGGUCAUGUCAAUCAUUGUAAAAAUUGUUGUCAGUAACAUGACAACCUUUUCUGCCAUGAACUAGUGAAAGUGACCAACUGCUCCAGUCAUGCUGACCACACUUUUGAAGACUGGAGUGGUGUCAUUCCCAGUUCUCAACAAUUUUGUCUUGUUGGACACUUUGUCUUUCACCAACUGCAAGCAUUGAUAUACUGCCUGUCUGAAUCUUUUAUGAACCCGAACACCUUUUGAUGUAUUUAACUUUUAGACCAGAAGCAUGUCAGUUGUUUUUACUUUUGUAUUUAUUUACUAAUCAGUGUGCAGACUGUAGAACAUGAAUAUAUGCAUAUUCAGGUAAAACUGACCAAAUGCCAGUUAGCUAAAAAGGAGAGCCCAGUUCUAUGCUUAGAAUGUUGGAUAGUACAAACAACAGUUUAGAAUAAAUGUUUGAUAUCAACAUUUACUUUGGGCAUUAGGUGAAUCUUUACAGAUAUAUAACAUGAAAUGGUGCUUUUAUGUUGUUUUUAUUUUUUUAUUUAAUAGUGGGGAAAUUUAUAGAACCGGAUUUGCAUAAACAGAUAUGCAGACACCCUUAGCUUUAACACAUGCUUAGGUGACUGAAGUUUGUACUUCGGUUUUGGAAUAUGCGUUAUUUUACUUUCAUUACAAAUUUUCAUGGAUGUGCCAUCAUUGGUGCUUGGAUCUUUACUUUUUCAUUAGUAUUAUGAUUUAUUUUUAAGGAUCUAUGUUAAUUUACAGCUUUUAAGUUGGGCUUUAAAAAUCUAAGUAGGACUUUUUAAUAUAAAUGUGAUCUGGUAUUACUCUGAAGUUCUUAGAAACUUGGGGGUGUAUUUGGAACAUUUCAGUAAACAUGUAUUUAUUUAGAUAUGAAUUUUUGCCAGGAACCAUAAUUUAUUAUUAAUUUUUAUUAUUGAUGUUCUUUAAUGCACCCUUGGGUUUUAAAAUUAUAUACCUUAGUUAUACUUUUAAAGUAUUUAUUUAUUACUAUUAAUUAUUAUUUUUUUCAAGACAACUUUUUUAUAAAGUUGGUAUUAUGGAAACUGCAUUGACUGAGAAUGGCACUAGUAAAUUAAAAGAGUGUAUUGCUUUGCUGAUAUGAUGCAGAGCCAUGCAUGUUGAUAAAAUUUACUGAUUGAGCAUAAACUAAAGUUUUGCAAAAAAAGUUGCCCAGAAGUAGUUUCAAAGGUAAGUUUUCCUCAAAGUACAUCAAAGCAGAAAGUACAUAGCAAAUAAAACAAGUGGGCUGGGAAAGUAACAAGACCCUACUUGUAGCAUGUUGGGUUAUAUUACAUUUUUGAUAUAUUUUUUAACUAUAUCUUAGAGGGAUUUAUUGGUACUUUCAGGAUGGAAAAGUGUAGGAUUAGAUUACUUGAUAAGAGACCAGGAAAAGGUAUUAUUUUACUAUUUUUGGACUUUACAUGUAGGAAUGACUUACUGGUUUGGUAUGCAAGAUCUUUUGGAACACAAUCAGCCGCAGUCUUAAAGCGUGCCAAAGGUAUGGCUAAGUCUUAAGUGUUUGUAGUGUGGCUAUUGGAAAUCAGGAAAGAGAGAGAGAGAAAAAAGGUAAAAGCUAGUCAGAUUUUCAUUUCUUUUUUUCUUUUUUUUUCUUUCGCUAAAGUGUUUCAUCAGCUGUAAUAACUGUUGUUUAUUUUGAGUCAUUAUUUGUUUCUUGUAAUUAUUUAUUGCAAUUUUUUUUUUUUUUUUUUUUUUUUUUUUUUUUUUUUUUUAUCCUUUUUAAAAUUGUUUCCUGAUCUUUAUUCCUAGCUUUGAAACUGCUAGUCAUGGUUUUCAGCCAAAAGAAUUCUAGCUGUGAAAUGAAAUUUGACCAGUGAUAGAAUUUUAUAUUCAAAUAUCCUAACCAGUGUGGUUGUGAAAUUGCACCCAGUGUGUCUGUUUGGGUUGAAAUGAUUGUAGCUUAACAGACAUUAAUGGAUCUAGUUGUAGGUAGUUGUAGUUACCACACCUAAUGGUUGAACUUGUAAGAGGACCCAAUGUAUGCCUUUUUUUCCACUAGCGUGAUUACAGGUGUAUUCUGAGAUAUUAUUAAGACCUUUAACUUCGUGGUUGUUGUCAAAUUCUUCUUCAUUUUCUUUAUUUUAAUAGUGGCUGUUUAUAUGCUUUCAGAGAUUAUGAUAUCUGUGAUUUAUAGUUUUUUUCUUGAUUCACAUCUUUUUGAAAAGAUUGAAGAAAGAUAGCAGAUGCAACUUUGAAGAAGAGUGUUGUACAUUUCAGUUCAAUUUUCUGGUUCUCUCCAGAUAUUGAGUUGAGUCAACUUAUACAAUUCAUAGGUUGUGACGUCUGCAUUCCCAGGAAAGAAUGUCAAAGGUGGUCCAUAUGAGUUCAGCUUUUAUGUAGUGAUGUAGAUGUACAUUCAUAGAUGAUUUGUAAUAUAACUGUAGCUUCAACAUUUUCCAGUUCAAACAAUUGUCAGCUCCACUCGGAUCCACUGUGCAUUGAUGUAAGCUGUAAAUUGAAUUACCCAGUAUCCCACCCAUUCUAGAAUCCAUGUUGAGGGGGAACAUGCUUGCUGUUGGAAAGGGUUGUCUUUUGAGGGGGGAGGGGGGGGGCACACUCUCUGAGAGUUUCAGAGUGCAGGCAAAGUGGGUUGGCCAGUAGGAGAGGUGGCAAGGGCAGGUACAUGGCUCUUAGGGUUUUCUGAAAGAUUUACUUGUUAUUGUAUACAGCCAAAUGGAAUGUAUUUUUGAAGUCCUUCCUUUUUGUCUUUUGAGUAAGUUCAUGAAUGUAAACAGAUGAUAUUUUUAAUCUGUGUAGGGUAUGUAAGUAAUAUUUUAAAAAAGUCAAUAAAUUAGUGUUGUACUUUAAAUUCUGAUAUUUUUAAAGCUUGAAAUUCAAUAACUAGGAGUAUAUAUUUCCCUCCCUUUUUAGAAAAUGGAAGUAAGGCAGAUAUAAAAUUAAAAGAACAGUCAUUAUUGCACUAGUUAUAAUUGAAUCUCAUUAAACCAAAUUAUAUUAAUAAGAUGUCAUUUUUAUUGGAUAUUACAUGUAAGAAGGUUUACCCAGCUUUUAGAUAUUAAUGUUAACAACCUGAUCACCCCAUAUAUCAUACAAGAGGACUUUUUUUUUUUUUUUUUUUUUUUUUUUUUUUUUUUGGUGUACAAAUUAUUAUUAGAAUAUUUGUUUCCUACUUUUAUAGGAAGUGCAUACCUCCAAAGUUAUCUCUCUCUCAGUCAGCCAGAUUGCCACAGUGUCUUUGCUUCUUUUUAAGGUCUAGAGUGUAAUGAGUACGGAACACAGUAUAUAUUGUAUCCUUGCUAGGAGCCCCAAGGAGAUGGCCAGAACAAGUGGGACAUUGGAUGGGUUGAAAUGACCAAGUGAUCUUGAAUUAAUCUCCAACAACAGACUGCCUAAUGGGCGACCAAACUCUCAUCUCAUCUUCGUGAGACCCAUUUUUAACUGAUAACAGAUCACCGACUGCAACGCACAGUCUUGUGUUACAUUUUCCAUUGUAGAAUAUCGAGUUACUGUAAAGUGUAUCCUAUGCUACAACCAUUUUAGUGAUUUUUGUACUAAUUCUUCCUUCAUAUCUAUUGAGAUUAGGGAUUGGUGACUAUGCUGUAUUCCUACUUUUGUAAUCCAUGUGAAUAGUCAUCCAAGAGGAACUUGAGCAUAUGCAUACUUUUAUAAACUAGCAUCUACUACUAUAGGGUUGGUGGGGUUAAUCUUAUGAUAUACAAUAAUCUAUGACCUUAAGAUACUGGGAAGUUCUUGUAAUUAGGGUAUAAUUUUGUAUUGCUGAGGCUUUGUAUUUUUUAAGUGAUUUGCCCAUAUAAUUUCUGCACAGAAAGUAUUGAUCAUGGAGUGGUUAACAGUGACAGGGAAACAGCCUAGGAUUGUGAACUGUAAUUGCUUUGUUUUAUUUAGUUCAUAUAUGAAAUAUCUACAUGUGUGAAUGUGAUGAGGAAAUCAAAAAAGACAACAAAGACAGCAAAAAAAACAAAUAGCCUAAAGCUAAUGUGUUUAUUUAUUUAGAUUUACAAAAUGUCAGUCAUUUUUUAUCUUAUUAUUAAGCUGUAGUGUUCAGGAUAUGACGUUUUAAUCCAGUGAAGAAAAAUCUGUUUCCACUCUUUUAUUUUGAGACAGGUGGGUCUUUCUAAGCCAAAGGUAACCAUGUAGUACUUUCGGUG